AUGGACCUCAAAGAUGUUCCGUUCGAUGUGCCGAUCAUCCUCCACUCGACCCACAAGCACAAGAACCUGCAGAACCCAGUUGGCUCCAAGAUGGCUUGGUGUCUGGCGGACAACCGCGACGUGUACGAGCAGCUCGUGCUUCGCCACAUUGACGACGACAAGGUCGCCAUCCAGUCGGUCCGCGAUGACCGCUUCCUCCAGGUCCGCCCCAACGGCGACUGCGUGUUCGACUCCACUCGUCUCGACGACUGCGAUCUGUUCACCAUGGAGACCGACAGCGCCUGCUUCAUCUACUUCGUCUCCUGCUUCACGGGCAACGUGCUACAGUGCGAGGGUGAUGACACCGUCAGAUGCGUGAACAAGAACCGUCUCGAGUGUGAGGCCUGGACUAUCCUGAAGCCCUGCACCGCCGACCCAGCUCCCGGCCAUUGGUGCGGUGGACAAGACCGCCAGCGGCUCAUCCUGGACCUGGCCAAAGGUGGCAAGUCGCCCGACGAGAUGGAGCAGAUCGUGACGAGGCUGGUGGGUGUACGCUCGACGCUCGCCAUUCCCCUCGACCGGCAGUAA